GUAGGUAGAACGUUGUUGGACUUUAUGGGUCCUCCCAUAUCGACCGUGGGUGCAAAAAGCUCACCUCCAGUCUCAUCAGAUGUUUUGAUGGAUAAAAGGCAUUCCUCCCUAUUGGAGUCACAGAAGCAUUUUGCAACCGUCAGCAUUGGGGAAGAAAAGCCAUUUGACUUUUUACGUGUUUUAUUUGAGGGUGUUAUAGCAGGAGGUACUGCUGGUGUUGUUGUCGAGACAGCUCUGUACCCAAUUGAUACAAUAAAGACUCGCCUGCAGGCAGCUCGUGGUGGAAGAAAAAUUCUUUUGAAGGGCCUGUAUUCUGGACUGGCUGGAAAUCUUGCUGGUGUCUUACCGGCUUCUGCAAUAUUUGUUGGUGUAUAUGAACCUACAAAGCAGAAAUUGUUAAGGAUCUUCCCCGAAAAUCUUACUGCUUUUGCUCAUUUGACUGCAGGUGCCAUUGGAGGAGCUGCUGCUUCUUUUGUUCGUGUACCAACAGAGGUUAUCAAGCAAAGGAUGCAGACUGGGCAAUUUGCAUCUGCUCCUGAUGCUGUGCGCUUUAUAGUUUCUAAAGAGGGUUUCAAAGGUCUUUACGCGGGAUAUGGGUCAUUCUUAUUGCGUGAUUUGCCAUUUGAUGCAAUUCAAUUUUGCAUCUAUGAGCAGCUGCGGAUUGGAUGUAAACUAGCGGCUCAGAGGGAUUUAAAAGAUCCCGAGAAUGCUAUAAUUGGUGCUUUUGCUGGUGCACUGACCGGUGGCAUAACUACUCCUCUUGAUGUGAUUAAGACGAGAUUAAUGGUUCAGGGAUCAGCAAACCAAUACAAAGGUAUUGUUAAUUGUGUUCAGACCAUUGUUAGAGAAGAAGGACCUUCUGCUCUUUUAAAGGGAAUCGGGCUGAGAGUACUUUGGAUAGGUAUUGGUGGUUCAAUUUUCUUUGGUGUUCUUGAAAAGACAAAACAUUUUCUUUCACAAAGACGUCCCGGGGUUCAGAACCUGGACACCAAGCAGUAGUGAAGUUAGUCAAGUCCAUGUAAUUUAUGUCUAGGGUAAUUUUGUUAUUUUGUUUCUUAAUGUUACUUUUACACCCUUCUCCCUGGUGUUAAAAAUGAAAAAUGCGGAAGAGCUUGCUGGGUAUAUUGUUAGUUACACUUCGCCGUAUACAUCAUGCUAUUUUGGAGCAAAAUUCUGACACAAUUUUGGUCUUGAAUGACUUCUCUCAUUUGGAUCAUAUGAAAAUUCCGUUGUAAUCUAUCACCACACCAUCCCUG